GUAUACCUUACCAGGGAUGUAACUGAACACUUUUUUCUAAAGUGUUUGUCUGCUGGUCAACCCAAGAUGGCCAGGAACUGCUCUGAGUGCAAGGAGAAGAGGGCAGCACAUAUCCUCUGCACCUACUGCAACCGCUGGCUGUGCAGCUCCUGCACAGAGGAGCACCGGCAUGGCCCUGCCCCCGGGGGGCCGCUCUUUCCCCGGGCCCAGAAGGGAUCUCCAGGAGUGAAUGGUGGCUCUGGGGACUUCGCCUUGUAUUGUCCUCUACACACACAGGAAGUGCUCAAGCUGUUCUGCGAGACCUGUGAUGUGCUCACCUGCCAUAGCUGCCUCAUGGUGGAACACAAAGAACACAGGUGCAGGCAUCUUGAAGAAGUUUUGCAAAACCAGAGGAUGCUUCUGGAAAGUGUGACUACCCAGGUGGCACAUAAGAAAUCCAGUCUGCAGACAUCUGCAAAGCAAAUUGAGGACAGGAUCUUUGAGGUGAAGCAUCAGCACAGGAAGGUGGAAAAUCAGAUCAAAAUGGCCAAGAUGGUCCUGAUGAAUGAGCUGAACAAACAGGCGAAUGGGCUUAUAGAGGAGUUGGAGGGCAUCACAAAUGAGAGAAAGCGGAAACUGGAGCAGCAGUUACAGAGCAUCAUGGUUCUCAAUCGUCAGUUUGAGCAUGUGCAGAAUUUCAUCAACUGGGCGGUGUGCAGCAAAACCAGCAUCCCUUUCCUUUUCAGCAAAGAGCUGAUUGUGUUUCAGAUGCAGCGAUUGCUGGAGACAAAUUGUAACACAGAUCCUGGCUCCCCUUGGAGUAUCAGAUUCACCUGGGAGCCUAACUUCUGGACCAAGCAGCUGGCUUCUCUUGGCUGCAUAACUACUGAAGGUGGACAACAGUCCCGGGCAGAUACACCUGCUUAUGGAAGCUUACAGGGACCAGCAUCCUUUUAUCAAAGCCAUCAGUCCCCAGUGGCUCAGCAGGAGACUCUUAGCCACCCCUCACACAAGUUCCAGUCAUCAGCACUGUGUUCCUCUUCUGUGUGUUGCUCCCACUGUGCCCCAGUCUCACCCUCCCUCAAAAGCCAGGUCCCCACACCCAGCAUGCACCCAGCCCACAGCUUUAGGCAGCCCUCUGAGAUUGUGCCCCAGCAGCUGGGGCCACUGCAAUGCUCUAGCCUGCUGCCUAGGGAGAAAGAGCUGGCCUGCAAUCCUCAUCCUCCAAAGCUGCUGCAGCCCUGGCUGGAAACCCAGCCCCCUGUGGAGACCGAGAGCACGUCCCAGAGGCUGGGGCAGCCGCUGACUUCCCAGCCAGUGUGCAUUGUGCCACCACAGGAUGUUCAGCAAGGAACCCAUGCCCAGCCUACCUUACAGACACCCUCCAUCCAAGUCCAGUUUGGCCACCACCAGAAGCUGAAACUCAGCCACUUCCAGCAGCAUCCACAGCAGCAGCUGCCACCUCCACCGCCUCCACUCCCUCCACCCCAGCAGCAGCCACCACCACCUCUUACUCCAUCCCAGCAUCUGGCUUCUGGUCAGCACGAGAGCCCUCCUGGGCCUGCCUGUUCCCAGAAUGUGGACAUAAUGCACCACAAGUUUGAACUGGAGGAAAUGCAGAAGGACCUGGAACUUCUCCUCCAGGCUCAACAACCCAGCCUACAACUCAGUCAGACCAAAUCUCCUCAGCAUCUUCAGCAAACCAUCGUGGGGCAGAUCAACUACAUUGUAAGGCAGCCAGCACCUGUCCAGUCCCAGAGCCAGGAGGACACCGUGCAGGUUACAGAUGAACACCCAGCAUCUGAAGGCCCAAAGCCAGCUCUCCCACUUGAUAAGAAUACUGCUGCUACCUUGCCUCAGGCCUCUGGGGAAGAAGCCCCUCACAGUGUCCCUCCACUGGACAGCACCACCCAGCACUCCUCUCCGAAUGUGGUGAGAAAGCACUCUACUUCAGUGAGCAUCUUGGGCUUUUCCAACACACUAGAGAUGGAGUUGUCAUCUACCAGGCUGGCAAGAACCCUAGAGCCACAGAUCCAAAGCGUGAGCAGCCUGACACCUAGCCCUCCCCAAGUGGUACCAAGCCUGCUGAGUGGGCCUGCCCCAGCUGUGUCCAACCUGACUGGUGGUCAAAACCAGGCCUUGCCUAGUCUGACAGCCAGUCAUCUGCAGAACAUACCUAGCCUUGUACGUAGUAUACCACAGUCCAUGCCCAACCUGCUGAGUGACUCCUCGCACACCAUCACAAGCCUGGCAAGCGAUCACUCUCAGACCGGACCCAACCAGAUGUCUGGUCCCACUCAGACUGUGCCAAGUCUGGCACCAUGUCCUCCGCAGAACUUGCCUCCUGCUUCUGAUACACAGUCAGAAACUGGAUCCAGCAGCAGUCCUGGGUCUGGCCGAGCUGCAGGGAGCCUGUGCCCCAGGGGUGGGGCUGACUCCUCCCUGGGGAAUACUCUGUGCAAGAUGGAAAGUGAGGAUUCCACCCGCUUCAGUGACUCUUUGGGACAAGUUCCUACAGCUCCUGGACUGAAUGCUUCCAAGGACUUAGCUAUCCCCUCAGAACUAGAAGAGCCAAUUAACCUCUCUGUGAAAAAACCUACACUGGUCCCAGCAGUGAACACAUCCAUGGCUCUGCAGCAGUACCGGAACCCAAAAGAGUAUGACAAAUUUGAACAAGAAGCCCUAAAGCUGGAUACAAAGGAAAACCAGAGUAUCAGACCCAUCAACAGUGAGCCCAAGAUUCCCUAUGUGCGAUUGGAACGACUGAAGAUCUGUGCUGCCUCUUCGGGAGAGAUGCCUGUGUUUAAGUUGAAGCCACAGAAGAAUGAUCAAGAUGGGAGCUUCCUGCUGAUCAUCGAGUGUGGGACUGAGUCCUCCAGCAUGUCCAUUAAGGUCAGCCAGGACAAUGUCACUGACGCCAGCCAGUCCCCAAGUCUAGGGGGAAGAAAGGUCACGGUCACUUCUCUGGCUGGACAGCGGCUAUCAGAGGUGGAGGGUACAUCCCCUGAGGAGCACAGACUCAUUCCUCGAACCCCUGGAGCCAAGAAGGGACCCCCGGUACCAAUAGAAAAUGAGGACUUCUGUGCGGUGUGCCUCAACGGGGGAGAGUUGCUGUGCUGCGAUCGUUGCCCCAAAGUGUACCACCUUUCCUGCCACUUGCCAGCACUGCUCAGCUUCCCAGGGGGAGACUGGGUGUGUACCUUGUGCCGCAGCCUGACACAGCCUGAGAUGGAGUACGAUUGUGAGAAUGCCCGCUAUAACCAGCCUGGGGUGCGGGCCCCUCCCGGCCUGAGCAUAUAUGACCAGAAGAAGUGUGAGAAGCUGGUCCUGUCCUUGUGCUGCAAUAGCCUCAGCCUGCCCUUCCACGAACCUGUCAGCCCUCUGGCCCGGCAUUACUACCAGAUUAUUAAGAGGCCCAUGGACCUGUCUAUCAUCCGGAGAAAGCUGCAGAAGAAGGACCCAGCUCACUAUACCACCCCGGAGGAGGUGGUGUCAGAUGUGCGCCUCAUGUUUUGGAACUGUGCUAAGUUCAAUUAUCCUGACUCCGAGGUUGCAGAGGCCGGCCGCUGCCUGGAAGUAUUCUUUGAGGGCUGGUUGAAAGAGAUCUACCCGGAGAAACUGUUUGCUCAGCCAAGGCAAGAGGACUCAGACUCCGAGGAAGUGUCUAGCGAGAGUGGCUGUUCCACUCCCCAGGGCUUCCCAUGGCCCACUUACGUGCAGGAAGGCAUUCAGCCCAAGAGGCGGCGGCGACACAUGGAGAAUGAAAAAGCAAAAAGAAUGUCAUUCCGCCUGACCAACAGCAUCUCCCAGGUCUGAGGGCUGGAAGGAGGUGAAACACUCCAGCUGCAGCGCCCUGGCCUGUUGACUACUCCUUCCCACCUUUCAGCUCAUUCUCCUCAGAUCGUGGAUGUCAGACAAGUUUUGUCGAGCUGUGUAGUGCUCUUCUUUGCCAUUUGCAUCUUACAGCAUUUUUUUCAGGAGCCAGAGUGCAUCCACUACAGAGAAGAUGUCAGUAAUAAACAGCAAAGAGGGAGGUAUUCCCUCUUUCAGGGUCAUCUGCUGUGUAGGGUCCACUUGACAGGACCAGGCCUGGUCAGACU